ACAUAGCAUUAUAUGUUUUUCUGCAUAUGUGUACACAUUAUUGAAUUGUAAACUAACAAGAUUAAAGGGAACAAUCAACGCAUGUUGGACACAAGUCAAAAUACCAUCGCAUGUAGUAAUAAUUUUUCCAGCGCAGUAAAUGAAUACCGUGCAAAUAGAAAUGUUGCGCGACUACUACUAUGAGAUACGAAACAACGGCUACAGCAACAAGGUUGUCUUCAGACCUUGUUGGAGGUCGGCUGAAAUACAUUUUGUACCGGUUGUUGGGUUCUUGUGGAACAUAGAUGUCCUCUAUAAAUAACCACUGCCACACUUCUAUCAUUUACAACAUAUAUAACUAGGUUUGCCCUUCUUGUGUUACCACUGUUUUCACUAGUCUUAAUAUUUUUGCUUAUUCAUCUGACCCCCCUAUAUUAUUGUAUCUACCAUAACUACAUAAAUAUAUACACGCAUACUAUAUGAACACAUAUAUACGCACGUCCGCACAAACGGACACACAUACAUUCUCACGCACAUAUACAUAGAAUCUUUGUUGGGGAAAUUCUUAUGCUCUGUGACUUUCUCAUUGAUGAAAACCUGUUUAAAACAAUGCUUUUGUUGACUUCGCGAUAGAAAUCCACGUUUUGUUAAUUUUGUCUUGGCAAUGAACAUGAGAAGGUUACCUCCAAGCUGGUUUACUCAACUUGGUACCAGAGUUUCGGACAGAAAAUUACGCCCAGUAUUUUGUUUGCGACAUGGUUUCAAUCCCUGCAACUGCCGUCACACUACUAGUUACUCGAAACUCUAUCAAAGUAAUAGGUAUCAAAAGAGAUUUAUCCAUCACACAUCAAGGCCUGUAUUUAGUGGCCCCGAUAGUGUAGAGAAUCCUCGUCUCGCUCCCUUGCAAGUUACUUCUAUACUUCGUGUCAACGAGCUCAGUGUCGAUGUAAAUGAGGGAGCGGUGAAGUAUUUCGAAUCCAACCAACUCCAGUCCAACAAUCCUAUUGAAGAUCGACGAGGAAAUGCCAAGUUUAUCGGCGGCCCUAAAUUUUUGUUCGGUGUUUUCGAUGGACAUGCAGGCUGUGCUUGUGCACAAGCUAUAAGUGAAAGGCUCUAUUAUUAUAUCGCUUUGAUGAUUUCACCCCCACAUUUGAUAGAAAAAAUUGUCCAUAUACUGAAGGAUCGCGGGCUCGAUAUCCAUUCAACUGGGAUUUUAAACUGGUAUCGAGGCCCACACGACUAUGUGAACAAAGAACUUUCUCCGAUGUAUAGUAAAAGCUUGGUUAAACUGGCAAAUGAGAUAUUAGCGCUGUAUAUUGAGGAAGAAUCCACGAUUGAUGAUCAUUUAUUGAGUGCAUUUUGUCGACUGGAUCAGGAUAUUGUACAAGAAGCACUACCGAAUUAUUCCAAAAAUGUGAGUAACUUCGAAGCCAUGCAGAUAGCUUUUUCUGGUUCCUGUGCUUGCGUUGCUAUGGUGGACGGUACAAACUUGUAUGUUGCUAACACUGGUGAUUGCAAAGCUGUUUUAGGGGUCAAUGUUGGAGAUGACCAGUGGGAAGCCAAAGAACUGUCCCAUGACCACAACGCUGACAAUGUCCAAGAAUGUAGAAGACUAGUGAAUUCUCAUCCGAACGAAGGAACUCAUUUGAUAAGAAACGGUCGCUUACUGGGCGACUUAGCCCCCUUAAGAGCCUUUGGAGAUGUACGUUAUAAAUGGCCGGCCAGAGAACUGAAACAUGUAGUCAAAACAAUGGCUUAUUCUACCCCAUACGGAAACAAUUUAAUUCCUGCCCACUAUCACACACCACCUUAUCUGACAGCCGAGCCUGAAGUGAUCAGUCGACGCCUCACUCCAAAGGAUAAAUUUCUGGUGCUGGCAACAGAUGGACUGUGGGAGAUGGUCACUCCUGAGAAAGUUGUAAAAAUCAUAGCCGGCCACAUGGAAGGGAAACAAGUUCAUGUUAACUUCAGAUUACCUUACAGCGAAAUCACUUUAUCGAAUAUUAAUCAAAUCUUGUUGAAGAGAAAAACUAGCCUGGCCAAUAAAGCUGAGGAUUCUAACGCCGCUACUCACCUAAUCCGUAAUGCUCUCGGACCGGAGCAUGGUCGUGUGUCUGCUAUGUUGACCCUACCAAUUCAUAUAUCACGUCUAUACAGGGAUGAUAUUACAGUUACUGUUAUAUAUUUCGAUACAGACUAUAUACGUGACCAUUUUCAUCAGACAUCGGCAGAAUGACUAUAAAUGACUCUAGAUUAUUGUUUCUACUAAUCACAAAGCAUGGUAUAACUUCUUACCUUUCUUGUUUUAAAAUUUAUUUAUGUGUGUAUGUUUAAAAAA